AUGGGCGAGAGGAGGAGGCGCAUGAGCGCCGUCGUCGGCGGGGACGGCCGGGGCGAGGAGAAGGCCGCGGCACCGGCACCGGCACCUGCGGCGGCGCCGACGGUGUGGUUCGCGCUCAAGAAGUCGCUGCAGUGCCGGUCCCAGUCGUCGGAGGUGCACGUGCCCAAGCCCAAGGCUAGCAGCUCCAGCGCUGGCAGCGCUGGCGCCGGCGGGCACCUGUCGUCCAUCGUGACCAAGCGCGCGGCUCGGUCCGGGUGCUCUCGCUCCAUAGCCAACCUGCGGGACGUCAUCCACGGGAGCAAGCGCCACCCAGGCCAGCCGCCCAGCUGCAGCCCGCGGUCCAUCGGCAGCAGCGAGUUCCUCAACCCCAUCGCCCACGAGGUGGUGCUCAGCACCAACUCCCGCUGCGAGCUCAAGAUCACCGGCUUCGGCGGCUGCGGCGGCCUCGGGGCGGCGGGGGGAGGAGCGCCCGCGCACGAGGCGGAGGGCGGCGACGGCGGCGUCGUGUCGUCCUUCGUGGGCACGCUCCGCCCCGGCACGCCGGGGCCCGGCUGGAGCCACGGCCUGCAGUACAGCGGCUCGUGCCGGGCGGGCAGCAUGCGGUGCACGCCGCCGAGGUCGCCGAACCCGCUGCUGGACAGGGACGGCGCCGCCGCGGCCACGGCCCACCGCGCGUCCUGCGAGGUCGACGCCGCCAAGGCCGGCGGCAAGGGCUCCGGCGGCCUCAGCUGCCACAGGUGCACGGAGCAGUUCGGCAAAUGGGAGGCGCUGGAGGCGCACCACCUAUCCAAACAUUGCAGCAUGACGGAGCUGGUGGAGGGGGACUCGUCGCGGAAGAUCGUGGAGAUCAUCUGCCGGACGAGCCUGCUCAAGUCGGAGAGCAGCUGCGUGCGGAUCGAGCGCGUGUUCAAGGUGCACAACACGCAGCGGACGCUGGCCCGCUUCGAGGAGUACCGGGAGGCGGUGAAGCUCAAGGCGAACAAGCUGGCCAAGAAGCACCCGCGCUGCCUCGCCGACGGCAACGAGCUGCUGCGCUUCCACGGCGCCACGCUCUGCUGCGCGCUCGGCUCCGCCGGCGCCAGCAGCCUCUGCGCCUCCGACAAGUGCGCCGUCUGCCGCAUCAUCCGCCACGGCUUCUCCUCCUCCUCCUCGCCCAACGCCAAGAAGGACGGCAAGGCCAGCGUCGGCGUCUUCACCACGUCCACCAGCGGCCGGGCGUUCGAGGCCGCCGACGAGGAAGACGACCCGGCGGCCGCGGCCGGCGGUGCGCGCAGGGCGCUGCUGGUGUGCAGGGUGAUCGCCGGGCGGGUGCACAAGCCGCUGGAGAACGUGAGGGAGUUCGUGGGGCAGACCGGGUUCGACUCGCUGGCCGGCAAGGUCGGGCCCUACGCCAACAUCGAGGAGCUCUACCUGCUGAACCCGAGGGCGCUGCUGCCGUGCUUCGUGGUCAUCUGCAAGCCUUGA